AUGGAGCCCAAAGAGAAGCCCGAAACGACCAGCGCUGCCAGCCCACCUCCACCGCGGCUGGACUGCAUAAAGUGCUUCGAUGCGCUAUGGUUCUGCUAUACCCCUCUCCACCAGCUGCAGACCUACUACCGCCACGGGGAUUUUGACACCUGCUUCGGCAAGUGGGGUGAUCUCGUUGACUGUCUCUCGCUCAAGACGAAGCGGAGGGCGGAGGUAGAGGAGAUCCUCAUCGCGCGGGAGAAGGCCAAGCCGCACAUCUGGACCUUCCGGACUGCCGAAGAGGCGCAGGCGAACUGGUGGCAGAUGUACAAGCACAAGGUGGUGAUGUCGUCGCCACCCAAGACUGCAGGUUCUGCUGUGCCUCCUCCUGGAUCAUCUGGUGUUCUUUCCUGA